ACCCGGGAAAACCUUCAAGAUGGCGGGAGCAACACGAACUCUCGAAGAAGUCAACGUAGUGGCUGAUGCUGCAGGCCUCGUCAACAGAAUAGGACCUGUACAAGUGCUACUUUUCUCUUCUACCUGCAACGCUAACAAAUAUAAACUUUUAGAGCUUCCACCAGGAUUACUGGACACCCUUCAAGUUGGAAAUAGUGUAGCUAUCAGAGGUGACAAGGAAGAUGAUGCUGUCCUGUGUACAGAUAAAGUAACAUUUGACUUGCGAUUAGCUGAUACAUCCAACUCUCUUCUUUUAGUUCCUCAAUGCAACUUUUCCACGGAUGAAGAAUUUAAGGAAGAAGGUUCUCCAUUGGUUCUUCGAGAGGUGGCCAGUUCUCACACAAAAUAUUUUGAAGUCAAACAGUGUAGGCCACGUUUAGAAAGGCUUCAACGUCUGCUUGCUGCAAAUUUGUAUAAAGGAACAGAAAAUGAAGAGGAUCCUAAUAAUGAGACAGAAGGCAAUAUUACAAGCAAGAAGAAUAUGUACACUUCUGUAGACCUACUCUCUUUAGUGCAAGCAAGUGAAUCUGAACUGAAUGAAGGAUUAAGGAAUAUUGGAGCUAUAAAAAUCAAUGGGUACUGGCGGCUGCUUGAUGCUGAUUACAAAGAAAAAGUUGUGGUAAGGAUUUUGACUUUACUUGAAGAGAUGGACUGGAGUUACAAAGCAGUGCCAAUGAAGGAAUGCUGUGACAUAUUGGAGGAACUUGAACCAAGAAUCAUUCUUGAGCACUGUCUCAAUUGUUAUGGUGAGGUAACAAGUAUGGACACUGACUCAGAUGACAAUGCCAUUCACUUUAGACUGUCCGAAGACAAAAUUUGUAGAUUUUAUGCAGAGUAUCUCCUAAGACAAGCUGGGAAGUUCAAUUACAAUGAAUUUAUGGAUUCCUGGUGCCAAAGUGUCCCAGAAGGAAUGACCACAAAGUCUGAACACUUAUCUGGCAUUGCAUUGAUGGACCUGAAAAGUCUCCCACCAGUCAUAUGGCAUUUUCCUGCUUCUAAGCUGUCAAAUGAUCCUGAAUUACGGUUUGGUGAACUUUUUAAAGUGCAAGCCAAAUGGUCAUUUGAUGAAAUACAGCCUUAUUUAAGAGACUUAGUGGCACCUGGACUGUCUCUCAAUGCUCUCCUUAUGAAGUACUCAAGGUCCUCAAUAGAUGCUUCAGGUGUCAAACUCUAUAACUCAAAAAAGCCCAUCUGAGCAAAUUCAUACGCAACCUAGAAGUUGAAGCAACAAGCUUCCUCAAAAUCCACAAACGAUUGCAGUUGUAACAAUGGAAACUAACGACACCAGCAAAGGGAAUAUCACACUUUAACAGCUGGUACUGUUAUUGAUGACUCUGAUGAAUUGAAAGCCCUGGUUGAUGAAAAACUCAAUCAGUUUAGUCAUAAUGUUACACAACCCUCAUUACUUUUCUUCAAGCUUAACACUCUUGACUUCUGAAGAUGUGCUCAAUGCAAACAUUGCAAUUGAACUUGAAUAUUUUAUAAGAAUAGAAUUGUUAAUUUAUUUUUUUUAAUGAGGACAGUCUACUGAGAACUGAAGUUAGGCCACUUUUGAACUGAAGGGUUAACUAAUAGGGCAAAAGAUAUUCUUAUGGGUGUGAUUGAUGUGUUGCAGACACAGCAAAAAGAAAAGUUUACUUCAAGGCCUUAUCAAUAGUCACCCAAUAAAUCAAUCAUGAAAAGUGAACACAUGGAAGUUAGACCUUGAUGAAGAACAUUUAUUACCACUCACAGCUUUAACCAAAACUUUGCUUUAUAUCAACAAAAUAACCAAAUUGCACAUCGUACAACAUCCUGUAGGUUUCUCAAAUGCAAAGAUUAUGAUCAUAAGCUGAACUGCACUUAGUAACAAUUACCAGUAGCACAUAGAAAAUUUAAAAAUUUAUUUUUUCAAAGACCACAAAUUGCACUCGCCCAGAACUCUUAUUGAAACAACUUACAGCAGAUUUCAUGAGGAUAAGUGUAAUUGAGAGGGUCUAAGGGACCAUGAAAGUGAAUUUUAAGGUUGCUCUCCAUUUGCCGAGUCUGGCCAUACUGAAAGAUAUGAUUUUUGCCUAUGUUAAAUUACACACCUUGUAAUUAUUGGGUGUGCUGUUCUCUGCCAGAAUCAAGUUGGAGAUGAAUGUAUAUGACUGUCAGCCUAUGCAGAUGACUCAAAGGACAAGGUCAUGUCCAGAACCAGUUUAGCCAAUUCUCAGAUCAGAUCCAUUCCAUUCAAGAAGUAGACAGUCAACCAAAUGGAGAGCAGCUUAAGAAUAAUGCAGUAAUUCCAAAAGAACUAAAUAACUUUGGAAAAAAGACAAGUUGCUUUUGUUCAUAUUACCUUGUGUCAUUGCACAUCAAUGUUUUCUUAUUUUCAAAUGAAAAUAAUAGAGGUAAUUAUAGGUAAUUACCCAAUAAACUACUUACACCCAGUUCUAUUUCAAAAUUUUCAUACUUUUUACAGAAGUUGUUAAAUAAACUUAUAAUCUGGUUUAAAGAAAAAUUGAAACAGCAAUAAUAAUUUGCCCUUUAAUAAAUUGAUGGCCAAGAUGAGAACUA